AUGUCGCAAUCCUCUUCGCUGGCGGCGGCGCUCGCGCUGUUCGUGCGCUUUGGCUUGGCCGUCAACAAUGGCCUGGCGAGAACUCCGCAGAUGGGUUGGGACAAUUGGAACUCGUUUGGAUGUGACGUAUCCGAGGAGCUCCUGCAAGCUUCGGCCAAGUUGAUUGUCGACUAUGGGCUCAAGGACCUGGGCUACCAGUACGUCAUCCUCGACGACUGCUGGUCCAACGGCCGCGACGACAAUGGCACGCUGGUCCCCGACUACACCAAGUUCCCAAACGGCAUGGCCGCCGUGGCCGACGACAUUCACGACCUCGGCCUCAAGUUUGGCAUGUACUCGAGCGCCGGCGUCUACACGUGCGGGCAGUAUGCCGGCAGUCUAGGCUAUGAGGAGAUUGACGCGCAGACAUGGGCGAGCUGGGGCGUUGAUUAUCUCAAAUAUGACAAUUGCUACAACUCGGGUCAAGCGGGUACUCAGCAGAUUUCGCACGAUCGCUACAAUGUCAUGGCCAAGGCCCUCAAUGACACUGGCAGACCUAUUCUGUACUCCCUUUGCAAUUGGGGCGAGGACUACCCCUGGAACUGGGGCUCAACAAUUGCCAACUCUUGGAGAAUCUCUGGUGAUGUGACUGAUUACUAUGACAAGCCGGAUGACCGAUGCCCUUGUGACGGCCCAGAUGCUUGGGAUUGUGGCCUCCCAGGUUGGCAUUGCUCGCUGCUCAACAUUAUCAACAAGGCAUCUUUCAUCACUUCCAAGGGUAUCAAGGGUGCUUGGAAUGACCUCGACAUGCUAGAGGUCGGUAAUGGAGGUAUGACCGAUCCCGAAUACCUGACGCAAUUCUCCGUGUGGUCUGCAGUCAAGAGUCCCUUGAUUCUCGGCAAUGAUCUGCGUAUUGUGCAGCCUCAGGAUCUGGCCAUCAUCUCCAACGCGGCCAUCAUUGCCGUCAAUCAGGACCCCCUGGGCAGCUCUGCCUCGCGGCGAUGGUUUUACGAAACCGACGACAUUGAUGAGUACGGCAAGGGCAGCUAUCAGGUCUGGUCGGGUGCGCUCUACUCGACGACGGGCGGCGACUACUACGACGUGCUCGCCGUCUUUGUCAAUGGCAACAACUCGCCGCUCACCAUGAACGCGACGCUGCUGGAGCUGUUUGCCGACCUAGGCAGCACAAGCGCCGAGGCCUACGCUGCCCUCUCGUGGGAGGUCAACGACCUCUGGGGCAACCGCAUGUCCAACGAGGAGGCCCAGGCCAUUAUUGACGCCGCCUCGGGCAACUACACGGGUGCGGCCUGGAACGGCACCAGCACCGACCGGUACAAUGCCACGGCCAAGUCGUACGCCCAAGGGCUCGCCGAGGCCGACCCGCUGUUGCUGGGCACCAAGACCACCACGGUCGCGCCCUCGGGUACCGUCGUGGCCGAGGUCGAUCGUCACGGUGUUGCUGUCUUUAGACUGCGCGCCAUUCCUACCGAAGCGGCCAGGAAGCGGGAGUUGUAA